CUCUCUUCCAUCACAACAAAAGGAAACCCAGUUGUUGCUGUUUGAUUUCUUCAAGGACCAGCCAUGGGAGCUCGUUGUUUUUUCCUUUCUUUCUGUGGGUGGUCUAAUCUUAAAUCCAAUGAUACUCAUCCGUCUGAUCUGGAGAACGGUGGUGGGGAUAACGAUAAGCUAAAGCUGCCAGCUUUUAGAGAGUACAAGUUAGAUCAACUAAGAGCCGCAACUGGUGGGUUUUCUGUGGAGAAUAUUGUAUCUGAGCAUGGCGAGAAGGCACCCAAUGUUGUCUAUAAAGGAAAGCUUGAAGAUGAUGAUCGUUUGAUCGCAGUUAAGCGGUUCAACAAGUCAGCUUGGCCUGAUACUCGCCAAUUCCUGGAUGAAGCAAAAGCAGUUGGACAACUUAGGAGCCAAAGAUUAGCCAAUUUGUUGGGAUGUUGCUGUGAAGGAAAUGAGAGAUUGCUAGUGGCAGAGUUCAUGCCUCAUGAUACUUUAUCCAAACAUCUAUUUCAUUGGGAAAGCCAACCACUUAAAUGGGAAAUGCGUUUACGUGUGGCUCUGUAUUUGGCACAAGCAUUAGACUACUGCAGCAGCAAAGGGCGAUCUCUUUACCACGACCUUAAUGCUUACAGAGUCUUGUUUGAUCAGGAUUGCAAUCCCAGGCUCUCAUGCUUUGGCUUAAUGAAGAAUAGCCGAGAUGGAAAAAGCUAUAGCACAAAUUUAGCUUUCACCCCUCCGGAAUAUAUGAGAACAGGUAGAGUGAUAGCUGAAAGUAUAGUUUACAGCUUCGGCACCAUACUGCUUGAUCUUCUUAGCGGAAAGCACAUUCCCCCGAGCCAUGCACUUGAUUUGAUAAAAGGGAAGAAUUUUCAGAUGCUAACAGAUUCAUGUUUAGAAGGUCAUUUCUCCAAUGAUGAUGGAACUGAGUUGGUAAGGAUAGCAUCACGCUGUUUGCAGUAUGAACCUCGAGAGAGGCCCAACGCAAAGUCUGUUGUGGCUGCGCUCACUCCUCUUCAGAAACAAACAGACGUUUCGUCCCUCGUCUUGAUGGGAAUUAGUAAUGAACCUUCAGCGGCCACACAAAUCUCAAACCUGUCACCACUUGGAGACGCUUGCUCGAGAAUGGAUUUGACUGCCAUACACGAGAUACUGGAGAAGAUUGGAUAUAGUGGUGACGAGGGGGUUACAGAUGAGCUCUCAUUCCAAAUGUGGACAAAUCAGCUACAGGACACCUUAAAUGGCAAGAAGCGUGGGGACAGCGCCUUUCGAGCCAAGGAUUUCAACACUGCUAUCGAAUGUUACACAAGUUUCAUUGAGAGCGGGACCAUGGUGUCGCCAACAAUGUACGUAAGACGCUGCUUGUGUUACUUGAUGAAUAAUAAGGCACAAGAAGCACUUGGAGAUGCCAUGCAAGCACAAGUCAUAUCGCCUGAUUGGUCGACUGCACUUUAUCUCCAAGCGGCUGCUCUGUUUACCCUCGGAAUGGACAACGAUGCCCGUGAAACGCUUAAAGAUGGCGUUUCGCUGGAUUCUGAAACAAAAUGAAAAUGAAAAUUUGUAGAUUUUGUGUUGGUGGUUUUAGGAAAUGUGGUUGUAGUUGUAGAUAUGUGCAUUGUGUUCCUAUCAGAGACAUGCAUCAGAGUGUUUGUUAUGUGCAUUCAUCAAAAUUAAAUGAUUUAUAAACUAUCUGUUGGCUUAUGCA